AUGCUUAGUAUAUAUGGGCUCACAGCAAGAGACAAUUCAACUACCUCAAAGUAUGCCAGCGAUAAUGCGAGCCAGAAAAAGAGGUCGACGGCGUCCAACGUCCUGACGACGCAGAAAGAGGACGGUUUUGCCAAUCCCAACGACUUUAUUACAUAUAUCAUCCCCGAUUUCAACGCGGUAAAGUACUUCCAAAAGGACUUUGUCAGCAACAAUGAGUUUUACCUCAUGGAGGAGACGGAAGUCAAUGGAUUUGAAGUGUACUUGGUCGAGCAAUGGGUCAUAAAUCGUAGCAUCGGGACCGUGGUGACCAUCUAUACUGGGAAUGAACAAAGCAAAAUAGUUGCAUUGAAAUUCACAAUUGUUAAAAAACCCAUGAAGUACUACCCGUUGAGGUUUCAAGAGUACUUGAACGAGCUAAUCCAAAACCAUGCCAAAAUGAAGUCGGUCGAUAAAGUGGAAAAAGUACCUAAACCUAGGCCGUCGGAGACAAGGUCGAGCAGUGCUAAUGAGCUUUUGACCAUUGCUCAUAUCAGCAAUCAUCCACCGCCACCACCUUCUUCAUCAUCAUCACAACAACAACAACAACAAAAGAAAGAAAAGUCAGCCGAUUUCACUAAUGAAGUUUGCUUUGUCACAAACUUGGCUUCACUUCCAUCGAAUUUGAACUUGUUGCCGGUUCCAGAUGGCGACGUGAGGAAACUUGAAGCACCUUUCAUGGUCAAUUACGAUUUAAAGAAAUUGCAAUGCACAGGUCGAUCGGUAUCCUUGACUUCCGACAAGAUCACCGAUGCAAACGAGGGUAAAUUCCGCCAGAUGUACAAGAUUUACAACGUCAAGAUCCCGAUCAAAUUCGCCGUUCGAGAGAUUGUCAACGUGGUGCAAACGUGUCUUUUCUACUUUGACCUAUUGGACGGCCGAUACUGCACGGGGUUGUUGUGUGUCAAAACUGAACAAGCAAUCAUAAACUGGUGGAACUUGAUUGGGCUUCCGCAUUUCAACGCCAAACCUGACCCGAAAAAUGGCAUUUUGCCUCCAAGAACGGUUGCCGCGAUGAUUAGCUUGAUCCUCAGUGUGAGAUUGCGUUUGCUCAUGUUGGGGGUCUCGGAUGUGCCGAAGGACCCGUUUGAUUUCGAGAGUUUCUUGAUCGCCAUCGGCUUGUUUCAAAGGCAAUACAAGCUCACCAAGUCUAGAAAAUUGGACAUGGAAACAUUGAACAAGUUGUUCACCAUCACCAACGCAAAGCUAAUGCCCGAAAAGGAGUCCAAUUAUUUCUACAGCUCGCUCUAUGGAUCCGGGGACGGCGACGGGAAUGGUGAAUACGAAGCUCAAUCAGCCCCACCGCCCAGCUCCGGCAACUCGACGACUCCGCCUUCCAAGAGGAUGUACGGAAAGAUGGAGUUGAAGAAAAUGGCCCACGGUUUGAAAAACACGGUGCAGGACCAUAUCAACGUGUCGUCGAAUCGAGAUCCCGAUGAACAGCCCACGGGGAAACAAACAGGCGGCAGAAUCAGAAACAAGAUCGCCAAGCUUGCCGACAACAUCACCCCGCCCGAGGUUGAAAAUCUUGACUUGGGCGAGUUGGUGCGGCACUAUAUAAUUGGCAAAACGUUGACGCGAUUGUUUAGGGGCGUUGAGGGAAACGCUUUAGCUAUAGACGAGGGCAAUGCGCGUCUCCGCAUGAAUGAAAGCUCGAGCAAGCGAGGGAAGCUGAUUGGUGACGGCGGCGAGGCACAUUUAUACAGCUUUGAGAGUUUGCGGAAUAAAAUCGCUCAAAACCAUGAUUUACAAGUCAACCCUGAUAACUCCAAGUAUGCCUUGGGUUUAUCGCGCAGGUUUGGGUUGCAGAACAAGAGAAGCUUCACCGAUUUAAACACCUCGUUCUCGUUUUUGGACGUGCCGAAUUUCGAUCACAAACAAUCGUUGCAAAGCUCCUCCAUUGUUGACUCGUUUUUGCAGCUUGGACAGGAGAAUAACAUCUCGUGUGCAGAAAGCUUGGGAACAUCUUCCCAAAUUGAGUUUGAUAACCCCCCGAAAAAGACCCAAUCUCGCCAACUAAGCGAACCGGCCAAGCUUACGCGCUAUUUGAAUCGGCGCAACUCGUGGCCAUUUUUGGUGACCAAGGACGAAAUCAACUUGAAUGCGUGCGUGCAGUUUAAAAGCGAAGAAGUAAUCAAUCUCGAAUUCGUGUCCUCGUGCAAGGCAAGGCCCAGGAGUGCUAGCACUUCGGUUAUCCAGGAACCUACCCCGCUGCAAGUGUCCCACAACUCGUCCCUCCGCACAUUGUACAAGUUUUCACGCGACUAUCUAGCCAAUGUCCACAAGUUGAUGCAAUAUGAAAACUUGCGAGGUUUUUAUUUUGAAAACACUGAACAGGACCACGUUUCCAAUGCCACUGUCUCGAAAUCGUUCCAGUUGUUGAACAUGGACUUGAUGAAGCUAAAGAACCUUAGACUUCAAGUCACCGCCGCAAAGAGAAGAAUCAUGGAGGAAGGAUCAGUGGAGUACCUCGGAUACAACUUGGGCACCCUAUCAACCAACGUUGACCGGUUAUCGUAUGAGAUACGGAUUGUGUCCAAGAAGAUCAAGGAGAUGGAAGAGAAUUUCAAGAUAUACGAAAAGAAAUUCGAGGAUGAUUGUCAAGCGAAGAUGAAACGUAUGAUUGACCAAGUGUUGAAGCUGAACGAUUUCAGACAAGUCUACCAGGAUCCCGAGACUCGAAACUUGAUUGCAUUCAAACUCACGGGAGACAAGGAUUACAUCCAGUACACCGAGAGCAAUGAGCAGAUGAGUCUCGUGAGAUGGAUCGUUGUCUACUUUUAUGACAUUUUCAUGACGAUAUUCCUGUUUUUCAAAUUCGAGAGAACCAACAUGGAUCUUGAAAGGAUUAGAAACAGCUGGAUCAAACUCGACCCUUCCAGAUCAAUCAUCAAAAAGGCAUAUUCCUAUCUUGGAAGAGACCCAUCUCGGGACAGCGUCGCCGCAGCUGAAACUUAG